UUUGUUUUUCUGUAACACACUUUCCGCGGCUGUCAGGUCUCAGGUCAUGAAUCAUUUUCUUCUGUCGAUAACAAACAUUUGUGUUAACAUUAGUCAGCCCAGGAUUCAUUUUAAACUCUGACUUUUAAUGUGUUCACUGAAGUAACUCCAAGUAGCUUUGGAUAACUAAAUGUGAUAUAAUGUCAGAUAAGCGUCAGCGUGCCAGAGUUCAGGGCUCCUGGGCCAAACCGCUGCCAAGACCCUCAGGACAAACGGCUUCAGUCCCAAACAACAAUCAAAGCAAAAGUGUAAAUCCAGGCCCUGCUUCUUGGGGAUUUAGGCCACAGAAAAUACCUCAGACAUUUGAGUUUCACCAGCCCAUUAAGCCGGUUCGAGAUGUUCCACCAGAGAAGGUGAUAGAACAGGCAGGUGAUUAUGAGAUCAGUCAUGGACCAUCAGGAAUCUCCAGGCUGCGGCUGCUGCCUGGGUUUCUUCCCCCAGAACAGGCUGACUGGAUGUUCAGUAAGCUGUUGGCGGAGCUCCCCUGGUCCCAGAAGACCAACUAUAAACAUGGUGAGUCAUACCAAGAGCCCAGACUGACCUGCUGGUAUGGCGAGUUACCUUAUACAUAUUCUCAAUCAACGAUGGCUGCUAACACACAGUGGCACCCGUUGCUGUUAACCCUUCGUGAGGCAGUGGAGCAGAUGACCGAGUGCAGCUUCAACUCACUGCUGUGCAACCUGUAUCGGGACGGCCACGACAGCAUCAGCUGGCACAGCGACAAUGAGGUGUCUUUGGGUGCCAAACCCACCAUCGCCUCCCUCAGUCUCGGUGACACCAGAGUGUUCAGCCUCCGUAAGCAGCCUCCCCCGGAGGAAAAUGGUGACUACACUUACAUGGAACAGAUUCGAGUUCCUCUGAGUCAUGGGACCCUUCUGCUGAUGUUAGGAGCCACACAAGAUGAUUGGCAGCAUCAAGUGGCUAAAGAGUACCAUGACCGAGGCCCACGCAUCAACUUGACCUUCAGAAAUAUCUACCCAGAGCCGGAGGCCCACAGGCCGGGGACCAAGCUGCAAUUCACAGCCAAACGCCCAUAAACUCCCCUCUGAGUCAGGUAUUUACAGUCAGGCUAAACAGUAAUUCACACAAAGUCUAGAUAUGAUUGUUGUGUGAACAGGACUACUGAUGGACAUGAGAGAUUUUGCGAAACAAGGCUAGGCAGUGUGUGAAUGUCACAAUCCAUCUCGGAGAGCUUUUGAAGUCUUCACUGAGUUACAGGCCACAGUCUGAAUAACAGCUUCCUCCAGCUUUAACUGGAAGAUUUGCUGCCGUGCCUGAAUUCACCUGCAUAAACAAACCAUAAUAACACUGCUGUCGUGACCAGCAGUGAUUAUCAGAUCUCAGUGUUUUCAGAGAAUCUGAGCGUGGCCGUCAGAAUGGGUGAUACUGUCAGCUCUGUGUAUUACUUUGACUAUUUAUUUAUUCAGCACAGACUGCUGUCUAUGUUCAUUUCAGACAAUAAUUUGAUAGAAACUUUGGUUAGUAUGCUGGGAGAGUGCAACUCAGCCACCAGCUCUGGUAGAAGGUUGGUUAGUAAUGGGUGGUAAUGUCAGACAUGGUAUAAACAGAUUGUAUGUCCAUAGCAUUCUUUGCCAUGGUGACUCAAUUAGAUUGAAGUUUUUGUUUGUUUUUCUCUGCCAAACUUUAAUUUCGUCAGAAACGUAAUGCUACACUGGCUGAACUGUCUUUAUGAACAACUGUGCACACUGCACAGCAAGUCAGUGUCGAUGUGACUUUUUGUGAAAUGCCCUGUGAUGUAAAUGAUUUCCUGCCUCAUUGGUGAGCAUUUUGGAGAAAACAUGGUCGCUAUAAAAAGGAAAGGAACAAGUAAAGUGUCCACUUAGGCCAAUUACAGCUCUUUCCGGACUGGAAUUAUUUAAUCAUCCUGUUGAACAAGGUUGUUCUGAAUAGUCCCUCAAAGCAGCAGUUCAGGUUUAACCACUGAUAUAACAUGGACAAGAAUCAUAAGGUUUAGUGUUUUGAGGCAGUACAUGCAUAGUUUGGGUUUUUGUUAAAGUUAACAUAGUUACAUUUUCAACUAAGUAAAGAAUAUAUUGUUUAUGUGUACUUUAAGACAGGGAAACAAUACUGCACAAGCAAUAGCCAGCCAAGGCAAAUAAUCUGCAUAUCUGCAUGUUGUCUUCCCUAAACUUUAUUAUUCAUCAGUUUUGUUUUUGUGACUGAAGUUACUUUGAGUAAUUAGAAACCAGACAGUAUAUUACUCAUUGAUGUCACUGACAUCAAAGCGUUCAAUAUGAAUAAUAGUUCUAAAUGUUUCUUUAAAACCUUCCUUUGGUAAAUGAAUAAAUGGAGAGCACAGAACCUGUCAUGACUGGAUUUAUGUUUUUGGUGAAAUGAAAGUUGACUUGGUGCAAGAAUUUGUAAAUUUACAAAAGACAUCACACAAUGCAAACUAAAUCAGAGAGGUCAUAAAUAUACUAUUAACAACUUAGAGACAUCGAUCAAAAACAAAUUCACAUGUAUUUUCACUAUGACGUACAGAAUAUACGUCAGCCAUAGAGAGAAUCGUUAACAGCCUGAAAUAAACACGAUAAACCGAAGGGAAAAACUGCAAAUUCACAUUCAUUUUUGAUUCUGGGAAAAGUUCCAUGUUGAUUUUGUUCAAAUCUGACAGAAGUGUAAUAAAUAGGAGAACAUUGCUCACAUUACUGGCAUUUUGACAGAUAAGCAUAGCUACUUUUUGGGGGGGCUUUGGGAGCUGUUCCAACAUCACAUUGACAUCUCAAAUUGUUUCAGCGUCCUAAGGAGGAAUACACAACCACGUGAUAUUGUUUAUUUUGUAACACUAAAGAGGUAAAAGUGGUAUUCUUGAUUGCUGUGGUUCUGUAAUAAAGAGUUACUUCUCUAAA